AUGACACAAUCUUCGUCGGCCACAGCUACCGUCAAGGGGCCAAACGGCUCUCUCAAUGUCGCCCUUGGAGAGGCAACUCCCGAGCAAAUCCUCCCAUGGUGCGGAAUCGUCACCGCUGCUUUUGCGCCAUCCUUCCCGAGCUCAGCCUUCUUUGCUCACGAAGAGUAUCUCGCGCAGCAUCCGCUGACUCUCAACCAAGGCACCCGUUUCUGGUGCAUUUAUCUGGCAGACGACCCGACAACUCUGCUCGCAGUUACCAAGACGGUACGCCGACAGUUCCUCGUCCGAGACAGCGAGUCUGUGCAUGAAGAGACCGGUUACUGCAUCGGCUAUGUUGGCACCCAUCCGGACUACAGACGGCUGGGACUUGCGUCGCUGCUCAUCAAGCAUGUUGCAGAAUGGCUAGACGGUCCGGCUGAUGCGACGGCGAGCAUGCUCUAUACCAGCGUUGGAGAUUUCUAUGUCGGCCAAGGCUGGGACAUGAUACCCUCGAUGGUAUCGAAUAUUACGCAUCCCUCCGACGAAUUCCAAUCAGUAGACCGUAAAGGCCUUCCCAGCACCCGUCUUCUGACCGACAAGGAGAUUCCGGCGCUGUGCGAGCGCGACGUGGCGGACUUGAAGCAGAAUUUUGACGAGCUGACUGUUGGGCCAGAUGAGGUGCAUGUCGCCGUGAUUCCAUCAGCAGAAAUGGUCAGCUGGCUGCACACCUGGGGCGACUUUCUCAACGACAAGCUGCGUGGUGGUGAAGGGCCGUAUCCUCACGGCGCCAUCUGCGAAUCCGCCAAUACCUGGAUAUACUGGCAUUACGGAUUCAAGCACCUGGCAAUCGAUAGAGUGGUUGGCCAGGGCUCUCCCGAAGUGCUGGCUGCUUUGCUGCUGGAUGUUUUGGAGGAAGCCCGCAAGUGGAAGUUUCCCAAGGUUGUCGCCUGGGAACCAAGUCCUGAAUUGAUCAAAGCGAUGGACCUCAUUUCGAAGCGGGCUGGUGUUGAGGUGGAAACGGUGACGAGGCCAAACAGCAUCACUUCGCUGAGAUGGAAAAAUGCAGACAAGACGAAGAAGACGACUCUUCAUUUGAAUGAGACUUAUGCGUCGUGUUGA